CCACUCCUUUGCCGUCGCUGCUGCCCUUCCUCCGCAAAGCCCCCCGAACACCCCCUCUUCUCUCCUUUCCUCCUCCUCGACUUUAGAGAUCGGAGUCGAGAGAUUGAAGAUGCUUCAGUGUAUAUUCUUCCUGUCGGAUUCCGGGGAGGUCAUGCUCGAGAAGCAGAUGACGGGGCACCGCGUGGAUCGAUCCAUUUGCGCUUGGUUCUGGGAUUAUGUCCUCUCCCAAGGCGGUGAUCCCUCCAAGAUUUUACCUGUGAUUGCAUCCCCGACACAUUAUCUGUUCCAACUCUUUCGUGAUGGAAUCAUAUUCUUGGCAUGCACGCAGGUCGAGAUGCCACCACUUAUGGGUAUCGAGUUCCUUUGCAGAGUCGCAGAUGUUCUGACUGAUUAUCUAGGAGGAUUAAAUGAGGACUUGAUUAAAGACAAUUUCAUAAUUGUAUAUGAGCUUUUGGAUGAAAUGAUGGACAAUGGUUUUCCGCUGACAACAGAACCAAAUAUCUUGAGGGAGAUGAUAACCCCGCCAAAUAUUGUUAGCAAAAUGUUGAGUGUUGUGACUGGUAAAAAUUCCAAUGUCAGCACCAGACUUCCUGAUGCCACAGCAUCUUGUAUUCCUUGGAGAAAAACUAACAUGAAGCAUGCAAGCAAUGAAGUUUAUGUUAACCUUGUUGAGGAGAUUGAUGCAGUCUUUAGCAGAGAUGGUGCCUUGGUGAAAUGCGAGAUAUAUGGUGAAGUUCAAGUAGAUUCUCAUCUCCCGGGUCUUCCUGAUUUGACUUUGUCAUUUUCAAACCCUUCAAUCUUAAAUGACAUGAGAUUCCAUCCAUGUGUUCGCUUUCGGCCUUGGGAAUCAGAUCAAAUCCUUUCUUUUGUGCCUCCUGAUGGGGAAUUUAAGCUGAUGACUUACAGGGUUAAAAAGCUGAAGAGCACACCAAUCUAUGUGAAGCCACAGUUGACUUCAGAUACUGGGAAUUGCCAUAUUAAUGUUUUGGUUGGAGUACGCAAUGAUCCUGGAAAGACAAUCGACUCUAUAACAGUACAAUUUCAGCUGCCAUUUUGUGUUGCAUCAGCAAACUUAACCUCAAACCAUGGUACAGUUAACAUUCUGGCUGACAAGACAUGCAGUUGGUCAAUUGGACAAAUACCCAAAGACAAAUCCCCAUCCCUGUCAGGAAAUUUAGUUCUUGAGACAGGUCUGGAUAGAUUGCAUGUUUUCCCUGUUUUCCAAGUUGGAUUCAAGAUUAUGGGGGUUGCACUCUCAGGCUUGCAAAUACAUAAAUUGGAUAUAAAAAAUGCACCAAGCCAACCUUACAAAGGUUUCCGAGCCCUCACUCAAGCUGGAGAAUACGAAGUGAGGUCCUGAGAACAGUUUCCCAAUGAAUUCAUUCUUUUUGUCACAGUAUGGUGAGAACAGGUUUCUGUUGCAUCUGCCAGCCGCAGUCCCUGACUUGUGUAUGACCUCUUAUCCAAGUUGGUAAUCCCAAGGAUUCCACUUCAUCAGUUUUCGACCAUCCUUUUAGUUUCAUUCAGUUUUGCAGCGACUGCUUGAUGCUUCUUAUCCAAGUUUGAUCAAGUUAUUUUUAUGCAGAUACUUCAGUUGUGAACCUACAAAUGAAGUUCAUAUUACAAAGAUAUCGUUGUAUAUUGAGGACAGUCUGAGUCCAAUUUAAACAUGAAACUGCAAUGUAAAUUUGAAUGCUUGGGCGAAUUUAGCCAA